AUGACUGACUCGCAGAACACUGCCAGCGCAGGGAAGUCAGGAACGAAAAAGACUCCGGCAGAGACGCCUCAACAGCAACCUACACCACCGAUACCAGGAAUCCAGCCGCCAACCGGGCUGAACAUAACGGGGAAAAACAAGGCUUCGAAUUGGAAAGUCUACAAGCAACAAUGGCAAAACUACGCGGUCGUCACUAACCUCAGUGUACAGACAGAAAAGUACCGUGUGGCAUUGUUCUUAUACUCGAUCGGGACAGAAGCUUUCAAAACCUUCAACAGUUUUGAUAUGUCCAACGAACAACGAGAGAACCUCGACGAGAUCUUCAAACGAUUUGAUACAUAUGCUAUCGGAGAGACCAACGAGACGUACGAGAGAUACAUUUUCAACAGCCGCAACCAAAAGGAAGGGGAAAGUAUCGAUAAAUACGUCGCUGAACUAAGAACUUUAGCGCAGUCUUGCAGUUUCUGCGUGUGUUUACAUGACUCGCUAAUCCGUGACAGACCCGUGCUUGGAAUACGUGACGCGAACACAAGAAAACGCUUGUUGCGUCAGUCGAAGCUCACGUUGAAUCAAUGCAUUGAAAUCGUUAGAAGCGAUGAAGUUUCGUCCAGACAGAUUAAAGAUAUGGAUCAAGCAAGCAAAGCAGAAGAAAUCCACAAAUUACAGGCUACGCGAAGGACCAAAGACAAGAAAGCUACGAGAGCAACGUCGUCUAACCGGAAACAAAGUGACAGCCGACAAAUGCCAGACACGAAACAAUGCAUCUAUUGUGGAGGCAAACACAAGCCAGGACGCAGGAACUGCUCAGCGUAUGGACAAACUUGCAAGUCGUGUGGCAAGAAAAACCACUUCGCCAAGAUGUGCAGACAAGAAAAGGCGCACGCACUCAACGAUGAAACGGACACUGAAUCCAGCGAUCCUGAAUACAGCUUCUCAGUAUCAGUGAAACCGGAAACCAUUAACAAAGUCGGCGCAGCACGUGGCGAAAACAAGCAAAUCUAUGCAAACAUGAUGAUAGGAGAGCAAAAGGUCAAAUUCCACGUCGAUUGUGGUGCCACGGUUAACGUAUUACCGAAGAAAUAUGUUAACAACAACGAGAUAAAACCAACAAAGAAAGUGUUGCAGAUGUGGAAUAAAACUGAGCUUAAACCAGAAGGAAUGUGCCAUCUAGCUGUCACAAACCCAAGAAACGGCCGGAAGUACGACGUAGAGUUCAUGAUUGUAAAACAGAACUUGACUCCGUUGCUAGGAGCAACCGUCAUACAGGAAAUGGGUCUCAUUGAAGUUCACAGCGAUAACUUCGAAGCGAUUUCUGAUGUAAAAGAAAACAGAGAAAGGAAGACCGCUCACCAAGUCAUCAAAGAACACAAGGACGUCUUCGAGGGUGAGCUGGGGACGUUAGCGGGUGAGCAACACCUAACAAUAGACCCAACAGUACCAUCCAACAUUGCACCGUCAAGAAGAGUGGCAUUUUCUUUGAAACCUAAAUUGAAAGCGGAGUUAAAUAGACUGACGGGGCUAGGCGUCAUAGCUCCCGUUGAUGAGCCUACUAAUUGGGUUAGCAACCUGGUAGUCAAGACAAAGGACUCGGGAGAGUUAAGACUUUGCUUGGACCCCAAGCCACUAAACAAGGCGCUCAAACGAGAACGUUAUCCAUUGCCUAUCAUUGAAGAUGUGUUACCUGCUCUUGCUAAAGCGAAAGUGUUCACCAAAGUAGACGCCAGAAACGGCUAUUGGCACGUGCAGUUGRAYCRUGAGUCGAGYCUGCUGACAACGUUUGACAMGCCCUUUGGACGGUAUCGCUGGAGACGGCUACCYUUUGGAGUCAGCGUCGCGUCAGAGAUCUUCCAGAAGAGACUCAACCAGGCUCUAGACAGACUCGAUGGUCURCUAACUGUCCACGACGAUAUGGUCAUCUACGGAGUKGGGGACACCGAGRAAGAAGCAACUGAGGAUCACAACAAAAAGCUAGCACAGUUCCUACAACGCUGCAGAGAAACAGGAGUGAAGCUGAACAAAAGAAAGCUGAAACUACUCUGCAAAGAGAUCCCCUACCUGGGUCAUCUCGUCACCGCAGAAGGACUAAAGCCAGAUCCCGAGAAGGUGGAAGCUGUACAAAACAUGCCAAAGCCGGACAACGUGAAAGCCGUAAGACGAUUUUGCGGGUUUGUCAACUAUCUCGCAAAAUUCCUGCCACACCUAUCCGAGGUACUGGAGCCUAUCCAGCAGCUGACUCACACCGAAGUGGUCUGGAACUGGUCACAUGAACACGACGCAGCCUUCGCCAAAGUCAAAGAGCUGGUCACGACAGCUCCGCUAUUGAGGUACUAUGACCCAGAAGAAGAGCUGACAGUACAAUGCGACGCCAGCGACAAGGGAUUAGGAGCAGCCCUGAUGCAGAAUGGACAGCCCGUCGCAUUCGCCAGCCGUGCUCUCACUGAUCCAGAGACUCGAUAUGCACAGAUCGAGAAAGAGAUGCUGGCUGUGGUGUUUGCUCUUCAGAAGUUCGACCAGUACGUCUAUGGUCGCAGCGUGACAGUGGAGAGCGACCAUAAGCCCCUAGCAAUCAUCGCAGUCAAACCGCUAAGAAGUGCUCCAAAGAGACUUCAGGGGAUGUUACUGAAGGUCCAGAGAUACGACGUCACAAUUGUCUACAAACCUGGACCAGAGAUGUACCUAGCAGACACGCUCAGCCGAGCGUACCUACCAACAUCUAACAACACCCAAGGCGAGUUCGAAUGGAUUAAUGCUGUAAAAUACCUACCAAUGACUGACGAGAGACUGGAGGAACUAAAGGCUGCCACAGUCAACGACGAGACUCUGCAACAGCUGAAGCAGAUCAUCCAGUAUGGUUGGCCAGAGGAGAAGAGGAACCUGCCAGCCAUGGUCACACCCUUCUACGGAUACAGAGAUGAGCUCAGCGUGUACGAUGGACUUGUGUUCAGGGCCGAAAGGAUCCUCAUCCCAAAGACGAUGCGGAAGACAAUGAAGGAACGUCUUCACAGCUCUCACACUGGAAUAAAUGCUUGCCUAAGGAGAGCAAAAGAGUGCAUGUUCUGGCCAGGCAUGACGUCCGACAUCAAAGAAUAUGUAGCUCAGGGUGAGACGUGUGCUGCCUUCACGGCAAAACAACAAAAGGAGACACUGAUGAGCCAUGACGUCACAGAGCGACCAUGGGAGAAAAUCGGUACAGACCUGUACACAAUUGGAGGCAAGGACUACCUCGUGAUUGUGGACUACUUUUCCAACUUCUGGGAAAUCGAGCCCCUAAGCGACACAAAGGCAUCUACCGUCAUCAAGAAACUGAAGUGUCAUUUCGCAAGGAAUGGCAUUCCGGAUACUGUCAUCAGUGACAACGGUCCACAGUUUGCUUGCGACAAGUUUAAAGAGUUUGCCACAGCAUGGGGGUUUGACCACUGCCCUGGAAGUCCUGGACACCAGCAAUCGAACGGAAGAGCUGAGGCUGCGGUGAAAGAAGCCAAACGACUCAUAAAGAAGGCUAAGAAAUCAGGAGGAGACAUCUACCUAGCGCUGUUAGACCUCCGUAAUACGCCAACAGAGUCUAUGGACACCAGCCCUGCACAGCGAUUUCUGGGACGACGAUGCAAAACCGGACUACCAACAACCAAACAGCUGUUGAAACCACAGACCAUACAGCCAGAGAAGGUCAGAAGGGAGACGCGAGCCAAGCAGAUGAAACAAGCAGCAUACUACAAUCGAGGGGCUCGUGACCUAACCCCUUUGGAAGAAGGUGAUGUGGUCAGGAUGAGACCAUUCCGGCUCGGAAAGAAAGAGUGGGACAAGGGGACAAUCGUCAAACGUUUCGACGAGCGAUCGUACCAAGUAGAGACGGACGAAGGAACCUAUCGUAGGAAUAGAGCUGAUCUCAAACAGCAACAACUUAGCAACGACUCAGCGACUCAACGCGACUCAGCAACUCAACGCGACUCAGCAACGACUGAACUCAACCCAACCCAGCAACAACUCGGCAACGCGGAACAAAUCAGCAACGACUCAGCCACUCAACUCGACUCGACAACGACUCAGCAACCAAGCACAACUCAGCAACAACUCAGACCAAGGAGAUCCAUUAAGGAGCCAGCUUGGCUCAAGGACUUUGUCAAAUAA